AUGCUCGCCUCGGCUCACGUCCUCGCCGUCGCCGCGCUCGCCUUGGCCCCGGCGGCGCUCGGCGUCACAAACUAUGCCGACGACUUUGUUGCGCCCAAGACCAUUCUCCAGGCCGGGUUUGACGAGAGGACGAUCCUCGCCCAGCAGACGCUGGUGCAGUGGUCAAACAGCCUCAACGGCAAGGCCGCCAAGAUGGCCAACGGCACCUGGGCCGUCGUCAACAAGAACUACCUCGCUCCCAGCGGCGACCCGCACGACUACAUGUCUUGGAGGCCUUACUUUUGGCCCGACUGCUCCCAGGCCGGCAACACGACCGAGCUCACGUACGAUGAGAUCUUCAAGCAGUGCGAGUUCAAGAACGAGGACGGCCACCUCAACCCGAACGCGCGUCUGAUCAACAACAUCGGAGACUUUGACGACUUAGCCAACGCCGUCUGGUUCAACGCACUGACAUGGGGCGUGACGCGCUCGCCGACCUACUCGAAGCGCGCGAUCCAGUACCUCGACACGUGGUUCCUCAACCCCGACACCAAGAUGAACCCCAACCUCAACUAUGCGCAGAUGACUGGCGGCAAGGACGGCCAGACGGGCUCGCACACGGGUAUCCUCGACCUCAAGCCCAUGGCCAAGAUUGCCUCUGGUAUCCUGCUGUUCCGCGAGGGCAACGCCGAGGGCUGGAACUCGACCUUUGACGGACAGCUGCAGGACUGGGUCAAGGAGUACAUUGGCUGGAUCACGACCAACAAGAUUGCGCUCGAGGAGAAGGCCGCGCCCAACAACCACGGCUCGUUCUACUACACGCAGCUGGCCGCCCUGUACCUCAUCGCUGGCGACAAUGACAACGCCAUCGCCACCGCCAAGGAGUACUUUGAGGGCAAGUUUACGUCGCAGAUCCUCGAGAACGGCGACCAGCCCCUCGAGUCGGCGCGUACCCGUCCGUACCACUACCUCGCGUACAACCUGGCCGCCAUCGUGACCACUGGCCGUAUUGCAGAGUAUGCCGGCGCCAACUUCUGGAACAGCACCGCCACCAGUGGCGCGGGCAUCGAGAAGGCGGCCGAGUUCGCCAUGGCGUACCCCCCUGGCGUGGACAAGGUCGACGAGCUCUUCCCCAUCAUCGGCGCGAUCGGCUCCAUCUUCGGCGACCCGGACAACAAGUACGCCGACUGGCUCAACACGCAGUCGCAGGGCAAGUACGUGUCGGACGCGUCAUUCCUCUGGAACCAGCCGCUGUCUGACAGCGGCAACGGCAAGGGCUCGUACAUCACCUUUGCCGGCGUCGGUGGCACCAACACCCUGUCGGCGGGCGCCACCCCCACCGGCGGCACCGCCAAGAAGGGCGCCAACCCCUCGGCGUCGCUCGCGGCCAUGACCUCGGCUGCGGGCGUCAAGGCUACAUACUCGUGGCAGCUUCUCUUCGUCGGCACGUCGCUCUCGGCCAUGCUCCUUCUUUAA